AUGGCUCUAUCUAAGUCUCCUUCCAGGCCAGCACUCGCCAAAACCUCAUAUCGGAAGGAGUUGGCAAGGCUGAAGCAAUUCAAACCCUUUUGCAAGGCACUCGUUCAUGAGUGUGUUAAGAGUCUAUUGCCGCGAGAGGCGGUGUAUCACGUGGCGGUACGGUAUUGGUCUUCUCUCAAUCAAAAAGACCUAUCUUACCUCGCCAAGGCAUUAGGGCCCGAUGAGGACUUCUCGUAUAUCAAUGAACAUCUCACUUUAGCCACGGAGCGAACAGAAUCCGGCAGGAUCGAUUUCCAUUUCGAGGAGUUGGUUGCUGCGGGCGUGCUUAAGCCUCUGAGUCCUUAUACGAACUCGAAUGACUCUGCGAGCUCGAACGACUCUGCGAUUCCGAAUGACUCUGCUUCUAGUGAUGCGGUUGUUAAAGAAGCGCCUGGAGAAAUCCACCCCAUCCCCUAUUUUCAUUCAUUUGCUCACUUCCCCCCCGAACCUUUUUAUUUGCCCACUCAUUUCCCCCCUCCUUCAUCUAUUUCUUGGGACGCUGCUUCUUCCCCUCCUCCAAGCCAUCCGGACCUCCCUGAGGCAAAGUCGGACAAGGCGUCUGCUAGCGCAAAUUUUUUUGGGCAAGAGAAGCAGGGGGUUGUUUGGACGCCAAAGUCUCGCAUCAGUGCUGAAAGCUCCAGCAAGACAGAAACUGUCGUCCCUAGACGCAGUUCUUUUAGCACGGGGUUUCAGCCGUCGGGAACCAGUCCGGCAAACCAACCACCCUCCACGCCUUCGUCCGAAAAGCCUGCAAAGAGCUCAACGUUUGGUAAUUCCUUCUACCUAUGA